GUCAUAUAGCACCCAUCAAGUGUCAGUUCUGUAAAUAAAGAGUAAGGUUAUUUCUGUUUUUCUCUCACAGUUUGUUUUUAUCCCCAUAUAUAUUUUCAAAAUGUGCUGGAGUGAACUAACUUUACCGAGAGAAAUAUGAAAAUAUGUUAAUUAUAGGAUGGAAAGUGACCAUCUUGAGAAAUCUUCUUUUUGGAAGAAGAAUGUGAAGUCAGUAGCUGGAAGGCCGAGCCCCAAAAGAGAAGGAAAAGAUAUCAAGAGAACACCAGGCUCGACAUCAUUUCAAGAUUUUCAGGCAUCAGUUAGUGAUGCUUGGGAUCUAGACGACGACGAAUUUUGUGUAAUAUCGGGACUAGAAAAUACAAAGAUAUCAAAAAAAGUCGCACACUCAGCAGCUUUAAAUGUACUAAAUAGUCACAGAAGUAACUAUGAGUUUGAAUCAUCUACUGAAAAUAAAAAAAAUAAAAAAGUUGAUAGCUUGGAAACUGAACAGAAUAAAAUCAGUCGAAUACCUGGUAGACCAAAACCAAUUCGUAGAUUACCAAAUGAACAGGAAGGAGUAGAGAAUAAAUUAGAAAAAUUCCAAAAUCUUCUAGAAAAUUCAACAACACUACAGGAAUUGUGCCGUCUUAGUUGGUCGGGAAUACCAGGAAAAGUGAAAGGAAUUACAUGGAGACUGCUUUCAGGAUAUCUUCCAAUGAAUAUAGAACGAAGAAAUGAGGUAUUAGAAAGGAAAAGACAGGACUAUUGGUCUUUAGUAGAAAAGUAUUAUUACACUGAACAUGAUGAAACCAACCGUGAUAUUCAACACCAAAUUAAUAUUGAUGUGCCAAGAAUGAAUCCUUCUAUACCAUUAUUUCAACAAAAAACAGUACAAAUCAUGUUUGAAAGAAUAUUAUUUAUAUGGUCAAUACGUCAUCCUGCUUCUGGAUAUGUGCAGGGUAUAAAUGACUUAGUAACUCCUUUUUAUAUAGUGUUUUUACAAGAAUUUUUAAAGGAAGAUGAACCAUUUGAAAAGUGUUUUGUGGACCAAUUAACUGAAGAACAACGAAGGAUAGUUGAAGCUGAUUCAUUUUGGUGUUUAUCCAAAUUUAUGGAUAGUAUACAAGAUAAUUAUGUAUUUGCACAAAUAGGUAUUCAAAAAAAGGUGUUACAGCUUGAGGAAUUGAUUAAAAGAGUUGAUGAAAGUUUACAUAAACAUUUGAAAGAGCAUAACGUUAGUUAUCUUCAAUUUUCCUUUAGAUGGCUGAAUAAUUUAUUGACUCGAGAACUGCCAUUGCGUUGCACCAUCAGAUUAUGGGAUACCUACCUUGCUGAAAGUGAUUGCUUUGCAACAUUUCAGUUAUAUGUUUGUGCUGCCUUCCUCCUUUAUUGGAAAGAUUGUUUAAUGCAACAACAUGACUUUCAGGGAUUACUUUUGUUGUUGCAGAAUCUACCGACUCAAUCCUGGACUAGUUCUCAAAUAAGUUUAUUGGUGGCCGAGGCCUACAAACUUAAAGUUAUGUUUGCUGAUGCUCCCAAUCAUCUUUUAAGUAAUACCACCGGUGAUAGUUGAAUUAUUUAGAUUUUUAUUGAUAUUAUAAUGUGUCCAAUGUUAUAUUUUUUGUAUCGGGUUCUUUAAUUAUAUUGUUAAAGUACUGUCGAUUAUUUUUUCUCAGGUUGAGAUUUUUUUCAAUUAUUUAAAACCUGCUGUGUAGAUGAUUUGCUAUAUAAUAAUCUUGAAUAUAUUCUUUUACUCUUUAUCUGUACAAUCAGAAAUUAUUGGAUAAAUGUUUUAUCACUUAUUUACAAAGUAUACAGAGGCUGUCCUAUGAAACUAUAGAUACUGGAUGUAAUUUUUAUUUGUCUUUAUCCAAAAGUUUUUUAUAACAACCUUAGCGCCUUUUAAAGAUGUAGUACUUUCUAAAAUUAUCAAUUAUAUGCUAUUAUGCACCAUUUUUAAAAAAAAUCAGUUUUAGACUAACUUAUUUUUUUUUUUAAUUAAUAAGAAUAUUAUUGUCUUUUAUAAUAUUUGUUCUGCAUGACGAAUGAAUACAUGGUUGCAAAACAUAACUUCAAUUGUUUUUGUAAGGAUUACCUAACUAAUGAAAAAAUUCUAGGAUAAUUCUGAAUUUCCUUACAUGCAUUCAGAUUCUGGAUUUUUAUGGCAAUAAACAAUGCAGUAUAUGAUUAUAGAAUUAUUUAAUGAACCAAUGAAAGUUUGUGAAUAGUGGUUUUGAAAUGCUUCAAAUUUGACUAAAAAUCAUCUUCAAAGGCUAACUAAUUUAGCAGAAGCUUUUGGAUAAAAGUGAAUUAGGUUAGAUGGACAUAAAAUCACGUUUAGUAUCUGUAGUUUGUGUUUGACAGGAUAGUUUUUGGACAUGCUGUAUAAUUUAUUUUCUAUCUAGAGUAUUUGUAAAUUUUAAACUUGUGUAAACUAAAAGCCAGCCUUAAUAAUCACACAAAAGACAUGCUGAAAACCAAUGAAGUAUAACAAUUUAAAAUCAACUACAGAAAAUCCAAGAAUUUGGUUUUAUUAAAGACAAAAUAAAAUCUAAUGCAACAGGAAUUCUUUAAAAAUCCAAUGAGUACUAAUUUUUCAUUAACAUAUUUCAAGUAAAAAACUUAGGGAAUUGAAUAUUUAUGACAUUUUUGUUGAAACAGAGUUAAUGAGAAGAUUACUUUGAGUGAACAUCAGGGGAGUUUGUAGAAAAAUAAAGCAAGUGCAUAGUAUAAAUAUAUUUAUAAUUAUAAGAUACAAAAUAGUCAAGAAUAUAAAACGACAUUUUUUAUACCUAAGUAGCGCAAUUGGACAUGGAACAUGUAAAAAUAUUACACACUUCAUAUGUGGUAUCUGUAGUACAUUGUAAGAAUAAUAAACGAAAAUAAAAACGAACGAUAUAAUAAAAAGAUUGAAUACAAUGGCAAUACGCUCAAAAAAGUAACGAAAUACUAGUAUCUGGGAAGGAUAUUUAUAGAAGACGGGAAACUAGAUGCAAAAAUAGCAACAGGACAAAUGAAUUGAUAAAAAUUUUACUAUGAGGACAUUAGAAAAGUAAUAAAACAAGAAAUAGAUGAAUUAGUAUGGGCAUAUCUUAAGAAUGAAGACGGAAUGAUUAACAAGAAGCCUACUGAAGGUUGAAAACUAAAAGAAGACCAUGAAGAAAAUUGAUAGUCCAAAUAAAGAAAUUUUCUUAACCAUAAAGACUCAAAACUUUGUAGUAGUAUAGUAAUUGAUAAGACAGUGGGAGAAACUAAGAUUAGAUGGACGGAAACCCUCAUCCAACACCUGAAAAGGAAGAAAUGAUGUGGGUUGUUAAGUGCAUUGGCACAGUUUGAACUAACAUAAAUUUGAUAAUGAAGAGCACACCUUGUAGUCUUUACAUCAUGAUGUUGAUAUAAUGGCAUAAAACUGUGUAAAAUUACUUCUUCCAAAACUUUCAAUUUACAGUGAGGGUAAUAUAUAACAUUGAUGAAUUAAUUUGUCUAUAAUUUAAAUUUCUGUGUAUAAUAAGAAAUAUUGACUCUCAAGAACAUUCUUUAUAUGAUUGAGUAGAUUAUAUCUUAAUAUUCAUGAGGAAUGAUCUAUUUAUUCAUAUAUCAGAGUUGUAAAUGUUGGGUACAACUAGUAAGGCAUUUAUUAUAAAAUAAAAUAACUUUGACUAUAAUUAAAAGUAUAGAGGGAGAAUCACUCCCAAAAAAAAUAAUCAACAUUAAGAAUUGAAAAAUUGCAUCAAGCCGUUUAGAUUUCAGAUUUUACUUUAAUGUAAAUUAGUUAAAAACUAGAAAAUUAAAUGACUUACAAAUUGUAACAUAAUUUCUUAAAGCUUUUGGUUAAUUUUUUCUGUUUUGUGAAAAGUGAAAAAGGAAAGAUCGUGGUCGUGACAUGCAUUUUUUGAAGUAUCAAAUUCUAAAUUACUAAUAGAGCCAAUAACAUCUAAAUAGAAGAAUAUUUUUUUAAUAACUUGGCCUUAUUGAAAAACUUUUGGAAUAAAAAAAUAGUCCAAGUAUUUCCUACACAUUGCAAAUCUAAUAAAAAGUAUAUUAUGAAAUUAUAAAUAAUAGCAACUGACCAAGAUGUUUCUUUAUUCCCUAGCCUUAAUACGGAAAAGUUAUUACAGAGUAGUUUAUCAUAUGAUACGUCAUAUAUGCAAUGAAACUAUGUAAAAUAAAAUACACAAAUGAACUAUAAAGCGCUAAUCAGAUGCCAUCAGUUUAUAUACUAAGCAUGAUGUCAACAUUUUGUUUCAAUACUGUGAUAUGCAAUAUUGAAAUUUUAAGUCGACUUACUCCAUCAGUAGCUUCGUCUCAUGUUUAUAAUACCGCAUAUUGACAUCCGUUUAUGAGGUUAUAAGCAACUUUACACCAUGGACAACAAUUUAUCAAGUUAGUUUUUGCUAUGUAAUACCUACCGGUCCUUUGCAAACCAUAGCAUAAGUUAGUAACUACUCUCUGAUUAAAUAGAAAUAAUUUAUCCCAACUUUAAAGAGUAACAUGAUUGCUGCAACAAUAGAAAUGUUGAAUUAUAUGUUAAAAUUUGUUGUACUGUACAAUACUUAAACUAUUUUCACACCAAUAUGAAUGAUUUGAAUUUAAAUUAGAAAUUAGUAAUUAUUUACACUCAUAUCGCUAGUCUAGUUCAAUAAUGUAACAUGUCCAAAAACGCAAUUAUUGAGAAAAUAGUAAAAAAUUAAAAACUGCAUGAAAAAUUUUUGAUUUAUUGUUUUAACGGUUUAAUUCAUUUUGAUCUGAACAUAAUUUCUCAAUAUGUGCUAAUAAUGAGACAGUAAUUUUGUAUUAAAAUUGAAACUUUAUUAGUUAUUUGAAAUUUGAGUUGUUACGCUUUUGAAUUGCAUUUUUGAAAACAUAAAAAUUGAAUGAGGCUGUAAUAAAUUACAGAACCAUUUAAUUUAUCAAACAAAACAAAAAUAAGAAUUGUCAAAGUAAAUAUUUCAUUUAAAUUUUAACAUUGUUAACAUUGAAAAUAAUUGUUGCGAACAAUAAGAUAAUGAUAAUUAUUAUUGAUAAUAUAUAUAGGACUACUUUUAAGUAUGCAUUUUUUCUCUUUUUCAAUCGUGGCAUGCAUGCUGUCAACCUCAUUUUGG